GUUUGGCGAGCAACAGGAAAACCGCUAUGAGAACACAUUCCGGGCUGAGCAGGCUGACUCUGUACGGGACAAUAAGGGGUGGGACAAAACUGUAUACUAUUUUAAAAAAAGUGUAAUCUUGCCUUGAAAUCAGGACUAUGGACAACAAGAAAAACGUGUCCUUACUUAAUGAGAGAGGACUAGCAGUAAGCCUUUACUUGUGAAGCGGAGGGAGUCUGGUCUGGUUCCAAACCCACGACGAUGGUUCGUGUUGUCGGUUUAUCAGCGCAGAUUUGGACCAAGAUGAGAUAGGCUACAGCCCGCUGUUUGUCGUCCUCCUGCCAGAAGAGCUGUCUGAUGUUUCUUUUGACAUAUUUCUCAACUUCUCUCUUCAUUCUGAGACCAGUUUUAUCAAACGAGACAGCAGUUUUAUGUUUUUAAAGCAGAGGAAAACUGCGGAGGAACUUCUUUUUCUUUUUCCUAGAAACGGGGGUCGAUCGUGACCGAAGCAGGAAAGGAUGUGAGCUCUCUGUGGAUGAAACAUCUGCAGCUGAGUCGUUCAGACGAAAAGAAAGGUGAUUUGCUCCAAUUCAGAAAUGAAACCAGACGUGUUUUAACCUUUCUCCUACUUAUAAAACACUUCGGCUUCGGUGGGACGAUUCAAGCUCACUUUCAUGUGGGAGACGUGCGGCGUUUGCGUCUGUCAAGUUAAAAGGCGAGCAGAAAACAGAGAUGGGAAACUCUGCUCUGCUUACAGUGGUGCUUGUUGGGGCGCUUCUGUGGAUCUCUGCUGUCCACACAGACUCCAUAGACGAUGAGAAGCUACUGUGCACAUGCGAGAAUGAAAAAGGAACGUGCGUGAAUGGAACUUGCCGAGAUGACAUCUGCUUCUACUCCUGGGUGCAAGGCUAUGAGGAGAGGGGCUGUUUCCCCAAUGCUAACUACAGGGAGCAGUGUUUUACCAGCUUUGACCGCUUCUUUAUUCACUGCUGCAGAGUGAAUCUGUGCAACGUUGACACCACACCACCUCCAAACAUCAAUGGAGAGUCAACAACACCACCUCCAGAUGUCAGUCGUCCGGAGCUGUGGAUCACAGUGUCUCUACUGCUGCUAAUCAUGACUGCCAGUGUAUGUGGCCUGGUGCUGUUCCUGCACUGCAGACGGAAAAAUCCCAAAGACCAUGAAGCCCCCAUGGUCAAGGUUCCUAAUGGGGAUGACCCAACAUACGAUGAUAUCUUUGAGGAGUUUUGUACAUCAGGGAGUGGCACAGGGCUGCCAUAUCUGGUCCAAAGAACUAUGGCCAGACAAAUCUCACUUGUCGCAUGUGUUGGUAAAGGCAGGUAUGGAGAGGUGUGGAGGGGAACCUGGAUGGGGGAAAGUGUGGCUGUCAAGAUCUUCUCCUCACGGGACGAGCAGUCCUGGUUCAGAGAGACCGAGAUAUACAACACUGUACAGCUUAGACAUGACAACAUACUGGGUUUCAUAGCUUCUGACAUGACAUCCAAGAAUUCCAGCACCCAGCUUUGGCUCGUCACCCACUUCCAUGAGCUGGGUUCCCUGUAUGACUUUCUGCAGUACAGCAGCCUGGAGCCUGAGAGCUGCCUGAAGAUGUGCCUGUCGGUGGCCUGUGGCCUAGUCCACCUCCACACUGAGAUUGUCAGCUCCCAGGAAAAGCCAGCUAUAGCCCACAGAGACCUGAAGAGCCGAAACAUUCUGGUAAAGCGCAACGGACAGUGCUGCAUCGCUGACCUAGGUUUGGCUGUGAUACACUCUCAGUCCCAUGACUACCUUGAUGUCGGCAACAACCCUCGGGUGGGGACUAAGCGCUACAUGGCCCCUGAGGUGUUGGAUGAGACCAUUCGUAUGGACGUCUUUGAGUCUUACAAGCAAACUGACAUCUGGGCUCUGGGCCUAGUCUUCUGGGAAAUAACCCGUCGGACCAAUGUCAAUGGGAUUGUGGAAGAAUACCGUCCUCCCUUCUUCGACCUGGUGCCCUUGGAUCCCAGCUUUGAAGAGAUGAAGAAGGUGGUGUGUGUGGAUCAGCAGAGGCCCUGUCUGCACAACCGGCUCCAUUCCCACCCUAUCCUGUCAGCUAUUGUGAAGAUCAUGAAGGAGUGUUGGUACCAGAGCCCACCAGCUCGCCUCACCGCCCUGCGCGUGAGGAAGACUCUCUCCAAACUGGAACCUGAAAGUGACUUCAGCAUCGAGAAACUCAAGCGAGACAUUUAGAGAAGAGUGCCAGGAUGAAACAGGGACACAAAAUCCAAAAAAGAAAAAAAAGGGUCCAGAAGGAUAAAUCACCACAUUCCAACAGCACGGGGUGCAUAUGAUUAGCAUAUAUUGAGCUAAUGACUCACACAGUUACUGCUCUGGAUUAAAACCAUAUGACUCCAAGCAGUAGCGUCUAGACUGGAUCACACCUGAGGCCAUUUUUUUGAACGUAGCCCCAUUUUCAUCUUCCUUGCAACUGGUGCCUUUAAUCAAGAGGCCCUUAUACGGAAAACAUUAAGACCCCGGAUCUGUGUCAGUCUGUUUCUCUUGUAGUUACUGUGCAGAAUUUGAAGGUUUUAGAAAUUUCUUCCGCAGAAUAAUUGCAUGAACAAAUUCCAGGUUAUUCUGCACACACAGGGCUUCAUUCAUUAUUGUCUGAGUCUCCUUUGUUUGUAACAGAGAGGGGGACCUGGCAGAGCACAAUAGUUGAGUGUCUUAUUAUGUAAGUCUGCCUUUUCCCUGAAAUACAGCAGAAUUGCACAUAUGGGUUUUUACCACAAUGACCAAAGGCACAAAAUCAUAGAGAACACAAAAGAAAUCCCUUAUGAAUACAGGAAAUAUGUAUAUAGUUACAUGCUCACACCAAAGCACAUUAUCUGUUGUGUAAGCAUAUUUAACUCAAAUACAAUGAUUAUCUGUUACCUGCGCGUGGACACAUUGAGCUACUUAGUUGUACAUAUUGUAACAGUAUUGAAGUUGCUGUCUGUUAUCACCCAUGGGUUUACUGUAUAUCUAUUUUAAAAAGGGUAUUAUUUUCUUUAUCCAAGUGGACACAUUUUAUACACUUUUUUAAGACACAGCUUUUUCAAAUUAUUUUUUUACAUAUCUGUAGGCCUAAAAUGUACCGUCACCAUUAUAAAGGUCAGUAAGGAAAUUCACAAGCAGACAUGUAAGAUUGUAUAUGUUGAAUAAACAACAAUGUUUUUCAUGUA